AUGGAGAGACUUCAAGGGGCCAUUGUGGAGAAGCGGAUCCUGGCCAAGGUACACAGCCGGUUCAUCGUCACGCUGGCCUACGCCUUCCAGACCAAGCUGGACCUGUGUCUGGUCAUGACCCUCAUGAACGGCGGAGACCUCAGGUACCACAUCUACAACGUGGACGAGAAGAACCCGGGGUUCCCGGAGCCCCGGGCGGUUUUCUACACGGCCCAGAUCAUCUGCGGCCUGGAGCAUCUGCACCAAAACCGCAUCAUCUACCGGGACCUCAAGCCGGAGAACGUGCUACUGGAUGACGCGGGGCACGUCCGGCUCUCGGACCUGGGGCUGGCGGUGGAGCUGCUGGAGGGAAAGGACAAGACCAAGGGAUACGCGGGGACCCCAGGCUUCAUGGCCCCGGAGCUGCUGAGGAACGAGGAAUACGACUGGAGCGUGGAUUACUUCACCCUGGGGGUGACGCUCUACGAGAUGAUCGAAGCCAAGGGCCCCUUUCGCUGCCGGGGGGAGAAGGUGGAGAACAAGGAGGUGACCCGGCGCAUCCUGCACGACCCGGUGAAAUACUCGGACAAGUUCAGCCCCGCCUGCCGGGCCGCCUGCGAGGGGCUCCUGGCCAAGGACCCCGCCGGCCGCCUGGGCUUCCGGGACCACCAGUGCGACCAGCUCAAGGCCCAGCCCCUCUUCCAGAAGGUCAACUGGGGCCGGCUGGAGGCAGGUCUGGCGGAGCCGCCCUUCGUGCCCGACCCCCGGACGGUCUACGCCAAGGACAUCGGCGAGGUGGGCGCCUUCUCCACGGUGAGGGGGGUGGCCCUGGACGAGCAGGACCGGGCCUUCUACGAGGACUUCUCCUCCGGCAACAUCCCCAUCCCCUGGCAGGAGGAGAUGGUGGAGACCGGCGUCUUCGGGGAGCUGAACGUGUGGGGGGCCAAGGGCACCGUCCCCAGGGACCUGGACCCCAGCGUGUCCGCCGACAGCGUCAGCAGCAAAUCGGGGACGUGCCUCCUGCUGUGAAGGGGGGCCGGGGUGGGAACACGCCUCCCCCCUCCUUGUGUCAAGACCCCCUCCCCCAGACACUCGGCUUGGCCCCGCUCCCCGCCUUCUGGGGACUUGGUGACCCCUACAGCCGCGGUCUCGCAGCAACGCGAGAUGAGGCGAGAACCCAGGAAUCCUGGCUCCCAGCUCUCCCCCCCCCAGCUCUAAUCACUAGC